AUGGGAAGAUCAACACUCUGGGAUUGGAAGACAAAGACGUGGGAUCUAAUCCAGAGAUCACAACGAAGACUUGGAUCAAGACAGGAUCAAGAACGAUCGAGCAGAACUGAAGAUACAACAAGAUUGUCCAGGUGGGACGAUCAUUGUGCGAACAUGGGAAGAGCCGACAGGACGACGAAAUAUCAAAGUUCUCCAAAUCAAGAAGAGAAGAGUUUGGACGACAUAAGAGACCAUUCUAAGAAGUUUGGUCGAAGCAGAAUGCAAAUCGGACGAGCAGAUUGA